AUGAUUACUAAUGAUAUAAGUAAAAUUUGCAAUAAAACAAUAUUUUGUCGAGAAUAAGAUUGUUAAUAAAGUCAUUAAAGAAAAUUUGUUGGAAUAUGUUUGGAAUAUUUGAAAUAAGAAAGUGAUGAUGAAGAUGAUUAAAAUUAUUAUAAAAAAAAAUGUUCUAAUCCUCAUUGUUAACUAUAUCAUUUUGAUAGUAUUAAAAUGCAUUUAUUGCUUUAAAUGUCUUCAAUAAAUGGUAUAUGGUUAUAUAAUUUAUGCCCUUAAAAAAAUUGCAAUUUUGUAUAAUGUUAAUAUCUACAUAAAAAAUGGGCCUAAGAUGUAUGUAUGAAAUUUAUGUUAACAGGAUGCAAAAAAUUAUAAUGUAAAAAGCACAUUGAUUGGUGUAAACUUAGAGAAGAGGUAUAUAAAUAAUAUAAUGUUUCUGAAAUAAAUCCAGAGAAAAUUAAUUAGAAAUAAGAAAAUAAAUAUAUUAUUCAUUUAAAGAAUUAAAAUUUAUGCAUAGAAAAUUUAAAAGGUAUUUGCCCAAAUUUAAAAUGUAAAUAAAUACAUUGUGAUUGGGAAGAUAUUCCAUAUAAAUCUUGCUUUAAAUAAUCAGUUUAUCCCUGUACUAAUUAAAUUUCUUAGAAUAAUUUUAUAGAGGCAGCAUAAAAUAUAUAAAUUUAAUAAUUAUGUGAUAAAGAGAAAUUGAUAAAAUUAUAAAGGGAAAUAAAUUAAGCUAAUAUCAUAGAUGUAAUAUUUAUAUUAGAUUUAACAUUGUCAAUGAAACAUUGGUUGAAUACUAUAAAAUGUGAAAUUACUAAUAUAAUUUAUCAAUUCAAAGAAAAGAUCAAUGGAUAUGGAAUAAGAGUAGGAUUUGUUGGAUAUCGAGAUGUAUGUGAAGCUGAAGACUAAAUAGUAUGUAGAUGUUUAACUGAUAAUUUUGAAGAAAUAACCAGAUUUAUUUAGGAUUAAGAAGCUAAAGGUGGAGGUGAUUAAGCUGAAGAUGUUAUUUCUGGAUUAAAAUAAGGAUUAAAAUUAAAUAUAUCUUUACAUCCAGAUAGUAUUUUAUGUACAUUUUUAAUUGCUGAUGCUCCUUGUCAUGGUAAAUAAUAUCAUCAUGAAGAUAUUUCAGAUGAUUUACAAGAUUAAAUUGAACCUUAAAGUUUAGAAAAUAUAAUGAAAUAAUAUAAGCAAGUAAAGAAGCUUAGUUUUUUCACUUGUUUUAAAAUAAGAGAUUCAACUGAUUUAAUGUUUUAAAAAAUGUAAGAAGGAUUUCCUGAUCUGAUAAUAACUAGAAAAAGUUAGCCAAGUGAUUUUCCUUAAUUAGUUACAUUUGCUCUUGAAUCAUCAAUUUCAAUAACCUUAAAUCAAUAGGACUCUCCCUUAAGAUCUUAAUUUUUAUAUACAGAAGCUAAUUUUAUACAACCAAAAAUUAUUAAUUACGAUAUUUCAAAAAGAUACUAAAAAAAAUCAUAAUUUUGGGAAAAUUUUUCUGUUUAUGUUGAUGAAAAUUAAAGAAGUGGUGCCACUGCUUUAGAAAUCAAAUUAUAACCUGAAAUUACUUUAGCAAAUCCAUAAAAUGAAGCUUUAAGGAAUACUUAUGUUUUUUAAGUUUUUGAUGCUAUUAAUAAUAGAUAUAUGGUUGCUAAAUUAUCCAAAGAGCAUGUUAAAAAAUAUAGAGAAAAUGAAUUAACAGAAAAUGAUAUUGAAAUUGCUGAAGAAUAGGCAAAAACUAGAUAUUAUGUUGCUGCAUAUGCAAAUGAAUUAGCAUUUCUAUUUAGAUAAAAAACAAAAGAAUUUGAUGGUAUACCUCCAAUUUUUUAUGUCACACCUAUUCUUUAUAAAUUGGAAAGUCCAUUUUAUGGAGUAAAGUAAUUAUAUGCAGAAACAUGCAUUAAUUAAGCAAAAUUUAAAUGGAAAAAGUAUACAGAUUAUUAUUUUUAUUCUUCUUUUAGCCAUUUUACUUAUACAGAAACAGAAGGAACUCUAGUUAUAUUAGAUUUAUAAGGAUCAGAUAAUAUUUUAACUGAUGCUUCCAUAUAAACCUUAGAAAAUAAAAUUCCAAUCUUAGAGAAGGAUCACACAAAUUAAAAAUAAAUAGGAAUAACUAUUUUUUUAAAUUAAUAACACUAAUAAUGUAGUUUAAUAUGUUAAAUGCUUAAAUUAUCAAGAAAGAACUUUUCAAUUUAAAAUCCAGAAAUUAAUAAAAAUUUAUGGUAAUUAUAGGAUCACCAAAUGGUUUUAGUAAUAUGUGAAUCAUGUUUACAAUUAAGAUCAUAUUCUUUAGAUUAAUUUAAAUAAAUGAAUGAAAUUAAAUGUGAUAAUUGUAGAGAUUUAUAAAAAUAACCAAUACAGUCAUUAUGUAAAUGUUGUUUAAGUUUAUAUCCUCAUGACCCUAAUGAAGAUUUAUAAACCUUAACUGUUUAUGGUUUUUGUAAAAUAUGUAAAUCAAAUUGUCUUCAAAGAGCAAGUGCAUGUAUAUACUGUUCAAAUUAUUGCACAUUAAAAUUAAAAUAAAUUGGUACAUUCCAAAAAUAUAUUUGCGUAAUAGGAUAUUAAUACUUAUAAACACUCUAUUGUAAGGAUUGUUAAACAAAAUAUCAAUUUUAAUUUAUUCUUUCAGAACAAGAUUACAAAGAUGGAAAUUUUAUAUGUUGUUAGAAAAAAUGA